AUGUCGCCAGCUCGUGUUUCCUCACCAUUGACACUAUCUACGUCUCAACAGCAACAACCACAAACUUCUUCAACUCCAUCACAUCAUCUAAGUAGUAUUUUGAAUGAAACAGCUAAUUCUAAUGAUUCCUCAACACUAGCAGUUGCCGCCAAUAACAGCAAUAACAGUAAUAACAGUAGCAGUAAUAGUUCAACAAAUAGUAUUGUAAAUAAUCAACCAACGAUGCCAUUACAGAAUACAAUGAGACUCAUAUCCAUGACGCCAGUACGAGUUGAAGACAUCUAUAGUCUAGGCCCGGUAUCACCUGUCCGGAACCAGCAGCAAAGUAACCAACAACAUAACCAGUCAAUAGAUAAGCAAACAACAGCAGAAGUAAAUAAAAUUGCAACUUCGAAGACAGCAUCCUUAUCCAAGCCAAGUAUAAUACAAAGCACACAAUGUCAGAUUUACCCAGACAAGCAUUCAGUAAAACUGAGAGAAAAUUUACAAGAACAAGCGCCAUGUAAAUGCCUUGUACCACCAUCGCAUGAUCCAAAAGCAAACAAAGAGAUACAAGAGUUCCAAAUCCCAGAAGCACAACGUCAGCAAAAUUUAAAACAUAUCGAAGAAAAUCCGAAAGUAUUUAGUCUACAGCGAUACACACAAGAUCAUCAAGAAUCACAAACUCAAAUACACCAGGCACAACGACAACCACGUCCAAGAUAUAACAAACAAAAUCCAGAAGUAUUUCAUCCAAUCCAAGUAAUACCAGAUCAAGUGCAAGCGCAUGAAAUACAACCACAGCAAGUUCCGCAAAACGUUACGCCUAUCGAAGAAAAUAAACCAGGACUUAGUAAACAUCGAAUUUCCAAUACAUAUUCUAUACAAGAUCACGUAAACCUACAACUGCAAAUACAAGAUGUACAACAACCACGAGAACAAAAGCGUCAAAUCGAAGAGCAUGAUUUAUCAUCACGUCCAACACUGCCACAACGUUUAACGAUAAUACCAGAGUCAUCACAUGUCAAUCAUUCAUUGUUACCAACUUCUACAAGUUCAGAAUCUAAUUUCAAAUCAUCGUCGCAAACGAUACUGUGUCAUUCGCAUAGUAAUUUCAAAUCAUCGUUACAACCAAAGGAACUUGAGCCCCAGCCGCCAUAUCCUGUUAAUCAGCAACAAGCACCACGAGAAGCACCACCAAGAGAUAAUUACCAGUCUGGUCCAUCAUCAUCGUCGUCAUCAACUACAUCGCCACAGAGGAAUUCUACUACAGUACAGCCAGUAUCGAACAAUCGUCAUGUACAACCUACAAAUUCAUUAGAUCCAUUAGAUAUCAAUGUUUUAGAUAGUAAACUUAAUAUGGAACUAUCAAGCCAAGAAACUCAAGCAAAGGAUAAAGUCAAGCGUGACAGUCAACAAGAACCAUGGUCACCACAAGAGGAAUGGAACGUCGUUCAACCAAGCAAAAAAGGAAACAAACCAGAAACUCUCGUGAGACGUCUAGACACAUUUAAACGAAAGGAUGACCAUCAUCAUGUCAAAAACCAAGAUGAUUACUACAAAAUUUACAAGAGUCCAAAGAAACGAAAGAGAAAUCGUGCCUCAUUCUAA